AUUCCUCACUUCAACAGUACCGUUCUUCACCCGUUUCCGCCACCAACUCCUCCCUCCCUUCUCCUCUCAAUUUUUGGCUGCGUCAAUUCACCUCCUGUCGUGAUUCUUCUCUUUUUCAAGCUUUCAGGAAUUGGGUGCUUUUGUUUUUUUGAGGGAUUUCUUUUGUGGAACUAUGGCGUCCAUGGCUCAGCUGCAUUGCUCUGUUCGUCCUAGGGAUUAUUAUAAUGUUCCCCGUAGUCAUGCUUAUAACGAUCCUCCGGCUUUCUCUUUUCUGUCUAAUUCGUCGGCGGUAGAAUCGAGGAGUCGAUCUCUUUCUCUUUUUAAUGCGGACUUAACGAGGUCUAGGUUUUUGGUGAAAUCUGAACUCUCUCUUGCUGGUGGCGACGGUGGAAAUGGCGUUGGCCGCGGUGGAGGAGGUGGCGGCGGCGGUGGUGACAGUGGUGGUUGGAGCGAUGAUCGGGCUGAUGGGGAUGAUUCGUCGAGUUUUGGAGUGUUUGGAUUGUUUCUUCAAGGGUGGAGAACUCGAGUUGCUGCGGAUCCACAGUUUCCUUUUAAGGUACUCAUGGAGGAACUGGUUGGUGUGAGUGCUUGUGUUCUUGGAGACAUGGCGUCCCGCCCGAAUUUCGGUCUCAACGAGCUCGAUUUCGUCUUCUCCACCCUUGUUGUCGGAUCUAUAUUGAAUUUUACUCUCAUGUAUCUGUUGGCUCCCACUGCAUCAGCUGGUGUAGCAGCCAAACAGCUUCCUGCAAUCUUUGGAAGCUGCCCCACGAGUCACAUGUUCGAACCCGGUGCUUUCACGGUCUUAGAACGAUUGGGAACCUUGGUUUACAAAGGAACCGUCUUCGCCACGGUUGGACUAGCAGCUGGGCUCGUAGGAACGGCACUCUCGAAUGGCUUGAUCAAGCUGAGGAAGAAGAUGGAUCCUGAAUUCGAGACGCCAAACAAGGCACCUCCCACAUUGUUGAACGCCAUGACAUGGGCAAUUCACAUGGGGGUCAGCAGUAACUUGAGAUACCAAUCUUUGAAUGGACUUGAAUUCGUGUUGGCCAAGGGGCUUCCCCCUCUAGCAUUCAAGAGCUCCGUGGUGGUGUUGAGAUGUUUGAACAACAUUCUCGGGGGAAUGUCGUUCGUGAUCCUCGCAAGGAUGACGGGAUCACAGAGCGUCGAGGAAGCUAAGCCAGCAGCACUGGAUUUGGACGCCGCUGAUACUAAAGAGAAGCUGUUGGAAGGGGAUAAAGAUGAGGAGUUAAAGUAAGGUAUGGUAUCAUUUUUGGCUUUGUUUCCAUUGUUAAUAUAAGCUCCCAAUGCUCUUUGACUUAGGGAUCAGUUUGCUUUGCUUGUAACAAUAAGAAGCUCAAAGUGUUGUGAGAUCUCUUUAUGAACUGUUAGGUAUUACUAUGAGGCUUUGCUGAUAGUUUUCAUGGAACUCGAAUGAGUUUGUUGGCCAAAUGUGUCUAUUUUUGCUUGAGCUUUCUCUGGGUUAGAGUUGUUGAUGCACAUCAGACUUCUUCAUCACUAAUUUGUUCAUAAAGGUCUUCUGGAUUUGGGUUUUUAA